ACAGGUGUCUGAAGUGGUCACCCAGAAACCUCUGCUCAUUACCCUCCCAACACCGUGUUAAGGUGCCCCUCCCGAGAAGCUGUGACAUGUAGGCUGGGGCAUACUUUAGAUCUGAGGAAAAGGGAACACGUUACCGGAGAGUUUAAACGUGUCAUAUAAGAGCCUUACUUUGUGUUGUGGAACUUACCUGAGGGACUUGUCAGGGUGAGCCGUAUAUACAGGUGGGCUAAACUGACACGGGCCGCCUUAGCUGGAGUCUCGGCGCACACCGACGACAAACUUAUACACACACACCCAGCCAGUGUGAAGUGACCAAGUUGACCGCAGUUAAAAGUGCUAUACAUAAUUUAAACUGUUAGUGUUUUGUUUGCCUGUGAUAGCGUGCGUGUGUGUUUACUGACUGUUUGAUGGGUAAAGAUUGGACCAUGCCUUUACAAAAUCUGGACACGACAGCGGGUCUACUGGGUUUGGAUUCGGACUACAGCGACAAGUCGUCCCUACCCCCGGCCAAGGCCCGUGUGAAAUGUGUCCUCAUCGGAGACGGCGCAGUGGGCAAGACCAGUUUAGUGGUCAGUUACACAACCAACGGUUAUCCCACGGAAUAUGUACCCACGGCUUUUGAUAACUAUUCAGUGGUGGUUACAGUAGACAAUCAACCUGUCCGUCUUCAGCUUUGUGAUACAGCUGGUCAGGAUGACUUUGAUUCUUUGCGACCCUUGUGUUAUCCCAGUACCGAUGUCUUCCUGCUGUGCUUUAGUGUUGUAUCGCCCACAUCCUUCCAUAACAUCCUUGACAAGUGGGUGCCUGAAGUGCGACACCAUUGCCCUAAGGUACCCAUCAUUCUGGUGGGCACUCAGUGUGACCUGAGAAAUGACGUCAAAAUAAUCAUUGACUUGGCCAAAUACACAGAGCAGCCUGUGACAGAGCAUCAAGCCAAAGACAUGGCAGAGCAGAUCGGAGCCAUGACCUAUAUCGAAUGCUCCGCACUUACCCAAAAGAACCUUAAAGAGGUGUUUGACUCCGCAAUCAUCACUUCUCUGAGACUUUCUCGACCAGUUAAACGAAGGAAAAGCAGCAAAAGAUCGAAAAAUAAGCCACAGUAUGAGCCAAGCCGAACAUCGCUUACCCAGUCUGGAAUCUCACAAGUAAGCGCGGCCAAGCAGAAAGGUUGGAAGAGGUUCUGUUGCCUAGUUCCCUGAUGAUGUCCAUGGCAUCUUGUGAAUUCUUCCGGAGUUUUUGUGCAAAAAAAAGUAGUUUGUAUAAGUAUAGUGGCAUAUAGUACUGAAGAGAGUAAGAAAACUGGUCAUACCUGGCAAUCAGAUACGUUUGACAUUGAUCAUGAUGCCAAGGUCAUUGUUCAAACAGUCAUGUGGCUUACUGCUUUCUCGUUGCCAUGGUGAUAUGUGAUUGUGGGAACUCCAAGUGAGUUGUCAUCAGUGGCUUUUGAUUGAAAAAGUCACUCUAAAAAAACUUGCUCAAAUAACAGAGAUGACCAGACAGUUUCAAUGAUUUUUUUCUCAAAAAUCUACAUGAAGGAUCUUAGCUGACGUGUCUUCCAUUCCAAAUGGACACUGCUGAUUUGUAAAACAUCUUAACAGAAUAUCAUGUUCAAUUCCAAAUGAAACCCCAAUAGAAAUUUGUUCCAUAUUUUUUCUAGGACAUUUUAUGUGGUGUGGUGUUGUAUAGAAUAGUGGUAGAGUGAUUUUAACAACAUUUGCAAAGUGCUUGAAAGAACAACCAGCGAGAGAGAAGCUAUUUUAUUUAAUAUUAUUCGGUUUGUGUGCAUGUUGUAGCUGGGUCUUGUCCUGAGUUAGUUAGCAGCAUGGAGGGACAUUGCUUUGGUUGACUUUUAUACCUGUGUGUAGAACCUGCUCUAUCCCUCCAAGGUUACCUGUUUUAGAGCCUUCUCUGCUAGUCUCAAAUUGUUGCUGCCGCUCUCAAGCCUAGCCUAGCUUCACACACAGUUGUACAGCUGCACAUGUGUAUGUUAAUUGCCCCCAAGGCCACUGCACUCAAAUUCUAAUCUGCCCACUUCUUACUUUUAGCGAUGCUCAUAGAGCGCUGCAUGCCUUCUGACCUCCUCCUGGUUAGUUGUUUUUUCAGAAAAUGUGAUUUUUAAGGUCAAAUAUCAGAUUGUGAAAUUAGUAGAACUGUGUCCAUGAUCUGUUUCAAUUCUGAUUGUGAUCAUGUUAUGUAUUAAAGCAUUAAACAUGUUGUGAAUAUAAUGCCCUGUUCUUUCAGAUUUCGAGAUGUAUAAAUGGUGAAGUAGUAGUGUGUGUUUGUUUUUAAGUGAUAAACUAUAGAAUGCAAGAAGAUCUCAAUGUCAGAGAGAUUGUUAAGCCUUAGAUAAGUAUUUUUAUGACAGUACAACUUCAUUAAGGUAAGUUUUAAGAGUGAUUUCCACCUUCACAGUUUCUUUAUUAUUCCGUGCCAACACCCGAUGGGAUAGCAGGGCUUUUUUCGUUCUUUUUUUAUCACCAUGAUUUUGAAGUCACGCUGUAGAAUUUAUCUAAAAGACUUUACAGUCAGAUGUGGCUAAAGGCCACCAUUUGUCCUCUUGUGGCUCAAGACAGGUGUCUGGUAUUUUCAGUUCUGUUUGCUUUGUUGAACACAGGCUUGGGACAUGAAUGUGACAUACCUUUGGUGUCAGAAGUGGGAUGGGGUAAGCGGAACAAAGGGAGACUCAGGGUGGCACGGGUCCUGCUUGGUGUCUGACCAGAGGCCUUUAAUACCUGUAGCCUACUGACCACCAGUCACCGCUAGCACAGAGGUGCUAAUUCCAUCCAUACUCACACAACACUGAAGCUGUCAGAUUCUCAUGCCCUAACAAAACAGAUUGCCAAGCGAUCGUGAUUGGUGGCUGGUUAGAUCCAGUCUAGGCUCUCCUCUCCUCGGGCUUGUGUUUGACUUCCACCGGUGUUUUAGAUGUGUUUCUGACAUUGUAAUAUUGCCAGCUGAUCUGUCCAAAAUUCCUGACCACAUGGCCUGUUUCUUGCUAAUUUCCUGCUUUUUUCCGAUGACGGUACACACAGCCUAAUGGUUUCUAUACUGAUAGUGUGAAGGUGGAUAUCACCACAAAAGAGCAGAUAGUUUUGUAUUUUCAUACAGAUUGAUGGUAGUCAAAUAAAAAUAUCAUUAUGUAUAAAUAUAUAUUUAUAUCAAUGCAAAAUUAUGUGAAUAUUGAGAUGUACAGACUAUUUUUAUUGUAAAUUAAAACAUAUUAAAGAGUUCAACCCCACGUGAAGAUCAUUAUAGGGUUCUUCCUAUAAAGGGAGCCCCUGUUCAGCCUUUAGCAAUUACAUGCGUGUCAGAUUUUAUCACUCACUUCUUAGUUUUAAUGUCUCUUGUUUAAAUUAAUUGGUUUAUUACACACAAGUAUUAGUUUUCACAAGCACAUAUUGACAUUUCUCCAGAUCAGUACCUUAGCACUUAACUUAAGAACUAACAACUUUGCUGUCUUAUAUCCAGAACCCUAAUAUAACCCUCUUAUAUAAACAAAACCUAGCUUGUUCAGUGCUACAGAAUGCCAACAUGUCACCAUUUUCGUGUACCACCUUUUCGUCUUGUGAUGUCUUGCUUUUGUAACACAGUUUUUAAAAACAUUGUAUUCGUUUCUUUUGUUAAGAACGCUUGUUUCCGUGAAGAGUGUUGACGCGCAAUAUGCCUUCUGCUGUAUAGGAUGUAUAUGUCAUCAAAGUGUUUGUGUUUUGUUAGCGUUACCACGUGGUUGUUACGCCGGUGGUUUUUAUAUGUUUAUACAUGUCACAAUUGUAUUCAGAGUUCAAGUCGCUUCACCCAAUGGCUAUUUGUACCACAUUCCACUUUUCUAUUGUAAUAGAGAAACAUUAAAGCUAUUGCAUCUUUGCCUUGAA